UUUGGUCUUUAAUUACUUUGGUUGAUUGAUAUAUCAAUAAAGAUUUGGUCUUUAAUUUCCUCCCUGCUGAUAGUAUUAGUUUUGAUGUGAUUUAUGGUGGAGUUUGGCCAAUGUUUGUAUCUGUUAUUCAGACUUUUUGGUUAAGGAAAGAAAAUGAUAUGGUUUAGUUAAUGUGGCUGAUGGGAAUUGGCAGCUUGAAGUGUUUGUUGUGGACAGUUGAUUGCUUUUGUGCUGUCCAUUGACUCAAGUCUUUUGGAAUUUUUUUGGUCAACUGGUUAGGCAAACAACACUAUCAACUUGAUCCCUUCUGAGCAAUUUCCAGCCAACAACUUUGCUCUUUCCUUUCUCUGUCCUUCCUGCUUUGUGUAUAUUUAAGCACUAUACCAUAACCUAAACUGCUGCCUUACAAAACACAGCUUUCUGAUCUUAUACCACUUCAAAAUGGCCAGUGAUAAAAAAUCAUGCCAAGAUGAGCGCGCAGGAGCAGAAAUUGUAUAUGGAGCCGAAGAGUGCUAUAGCAAUUCUCUUGAGCUCCUGAAAGAGUUGGGAUUUCCCAAGGGCAUCCUUCCUCUUAAAGACCUUGAAGAAUGUGGUUAUGUUCGUGAAACCGGAUUUGUGUGGAUGAAACAAAAGGCUCCAUAUGAGCAUUACUUCGUCGCAACAAAAACUCUAGUUAGCUAUGCAACCGAGGUCACUGCCUACGUGGAGAAAAACAGGAUGAAGAAAAUGACUGGAAUUAAGAGUAAGCAGCUAUUUCUGUGGGUGCCAAUAGUUGAGAUGAGCAUUGAGGAUCCUUCUCAGAAUAAAGUUUACUUCAAGACUCCUGUCGGAAUUGGAAAGUCUUUUCCCCUCGCUGCUUUCAUGACUGAAGAAGAAAAGCAGAAGUUUCUGGAGAAAGCUAACGAGUAGAACGAUUAUCUAUAUGAUUGCCCUUUUUGCUCUUUUUUCCUUUUCUGGCAUCAGGGCAUUGAUGCCUUUUGUUUGAUCAGAUUUUCUUAUGCUUGCUAAAAGAAUGAUCUUUAUGACCCAAGUAUAAGUUUCUCCGUGCAUUGGAUUAAUUUUCAAAUUAAUCUUCAAAUUAA